GCAGUAACAGAGGCAUAGCGACCGUUGUUUUUAUGAAUUAAAUCCACCCGAUAGAUCACAUCUGUGCUCUGGGGGAUCGCUGAGAAUCACUCGUGCUAUCGUUGUUUGUUUACCGGGCAGGCUAGCCGCGUUGCUAGCACAGAAAACUUCGAUGUUUACCUAGCCGGUUAGCAGCGCUCUUUAGCCGUUAGCUCUGCUCAGAUUUAGCUCAAUGCUAACUUGCUAACUAGGCUAGUCGGUUAGCCGUGCGCGCGUGUCUGCAAAUGGCCGAUCCAAGAAAAGUGCCCUUUAUCACGUUGGCAUCCUACAACACCACCGGCAACACCACCUCCGCAUCAGCCACCACCGCUACCGCUACCACCUCCACCCCGGGACCGGAGUGCAAGAAGCGCCGGCGGGAGGAUGAAGCAGAGGUCGGAGGACUCGUGUCCGGCCCUUGUCCAUCUCCUGCUCCUGCUCCGGCUGCUGCUGGAGCUGCUGUGGGCUUUUUAAGUAACGGGAAAAGCGCCGGCACUGAGAACUCGGGAGCUACCGGAGAGAAUAAACCGACUGUAAGACUCACACUGACCCUGUCCGAGCCCAGCGACAAAUCCUCCUCAGAGUUCAACUACACCGAGCUCAUCCAGUCCUUCCAUAAGGUAAGAAAGCCUCCUGAUGUGCUCACGCCAGUUCUGGACCCGACCGACCCUCUUGCUGACCAAGACCGAGAGAGGCAGGAGGUUGAAGCUCUAGCCAGGAAAUUCGAGAGUAAAUAUGGGGGAACAGGAAAGAAGAAAAAGCGAGAUCGGAUGCAGGACCUCAUCGACAUCGGUUAUGGCUACGAUGAGACCGAUCCCUUCAUAGACAACUCUGAGGCUUAUGACGAGCUGGUGCCUGCGUCUCUUACCACUAAACUCGGAGGAUUUUACAUCAACACUGGAACUCUGCAGUUCAGAGCUGCGUCCGAGUCUGAGGACGAGGACAAGAACAAGGACGGAAACCACUUCAAGAAGCUGAAGGAUGGAGAGGACCGAGUGAUCAAGAGAAGAAAGAAAAAGCAGGAUGGCAUUUUAGAUGAGAAGAAACCCAGAAAAAACAAAGUACCAAAGCCAGGUGUGUCGGCUCUGAAUCGCCCCGAGAAGAAAAAGAGGAAGAAGCUGAUGAAGGACUCGCUCUCGCUGGCGGCCAUGAUCCGCCGCUUCCAGCGUGAGAAAGAUGAGAUGAGAAAGAAGAACCCCCCUGCUGCCGUCGCAGCCAGCCUUAAACCCCCUGCCGCCAACCGUGCCCUUAAUUCCCACUCCGUGGCCCCUGUGAACGACCUGGCCGACCUAACCAACGACCCGGGUGUGUUACCACUGCUGGGUGCAGAGAACGAGGAUCUGCAGGCUCUCCUGAGUGAGCUGGACUCUGUCUUCAUGAAUAUCCCCGAUACAGUGAGCCAGGAGGGCCAGAGCGAGGACGGCAGUCCUGUGGUCCAGAGAGGAGGCCUUUUAGCAGGGCGAGUUCAGAGGGCCAGUCUUAUCCCCCCUCCUCCCCUACCCGAUGGUUUACCUGCGCCCCUCGCAAAACGCAUCGAAGAUCUACGAGUGGCAUCUCGGCAGUUUGAUAUGGAGGGAAGGAAGAAGUUCUUCACGCUGGACAUGAACAACAUUCUGCAGGAUAUCGAGCUGCAGGUACAGGAGCAGCCAGCUGAAGUUCGCUCUGCAGUAUAUUCUCACCUGGAGGCCUUUGUACCGUGUAAUAAAGAGGCUCUGCUGAAGCGGCUGAAGAAGCUCAGUCUGAACGUGCAGGACGACCGUCUGAAAAACCCGCUGCUCAAACUCAAGCUGGCCGUGUGCAGCGCCAUGCCCGAGCAGAUCGCCCGCUACAACAUGGACUGCCUGGCAAAAGUGGCCAAGCAGCAGUCGGAGGACGGGGAGAAGAACGGCUCAGAGGAGGAGGAUGACGAGAGGCCGGGUAAACGGGUAAUGGGACCCCGCAAGAAGUUUGUAUGGGAUGACAAACUCAGAAAUCUGCUGUGUAAUCUGGUGCGGGCGAAGCUGGGAUGUUAUGAGGUUGAGGGUCAGACCUCUCCCUCUCCAGAAGACUACCUCAAAGCCUUUAUGGAAACUGAGGUGAAACCCCUCUGGCCUAAAGGCUGGAUGCAGGCCAGGAUGUUGAUUAAAGAGAGCCGCAUGGCCCACAGCCACCUCACAGGAAACAUGGUGAAGAAAAGGAUGGUCCCCACUCCCAAAGCAAAACCAAAGCCUCAGGAUGGUGCCUGGCUCCAGCAGUCACCCAUGUCCACCUCCACACCCACUGCCACUCCGGGGUCCCUCCCUCAGCGCCUACCUUCCCCCUCAGAACCCAUCUGUUUGUCGGACUCUUUGGACGAGGAUCUGGGCGGAGCUCCGUCUCUGGACUCCAUCUCUCAGGCUCUGGCUCUGCUCAGCAGUGCCGCCAAGGGCUUGAUCCAGUCAGACGGUCCUUCCUCACCUGAGGGUCCUAAACCUGUCAGUUCUGCCUCUAUGGUUGGCCCCGCUCCCCCCGUUAGCUCCUCCUCUCCACAGAUUAGUAAAAAGAACAAUCUGACGUCGGCUACUAGCAGCCCUAUUAUCGUCUCCUCAUCCAGCUCCUUAUCGUCUCCGUCUAUCUCUCGCCCCAUGCUCGUCUCUGUCUCUCCGUCUGUCCGGAACGAGGCGCUGAUGGUAGUAAAGCCUGGCACGGUCGGCAUGUCUCCAACACAGAGACACACCAUGACCACGCCCCAGCGUCCUGUCUCUACAACCGUCACGGGUAACAUCAACAAGUCCAGUGCCACGUCUUCGCCAAAGCCGAGGCCUCCGCCUACCUCAUCACCACUUCACCCUCCUCACAAGAAUUUCAGCCCAUCGCUGGUCACGCCCACAGGCCUUCACAAACCUAGCAAUAAUAACAUCGGUAGAAUAGGCGGGGUAGCCACGACACAGUCAGCUCAGCCUCACUCGACCAACCUGUCGAUAGCCUCCUCUUCAUACUCUCCUUCCUCUUCCUCCCCCUCCACCCCGUCUUCCUCCCACCUCAACGCCAAACCUCAGCCCAGAAACACCCCCUCCCCAGCUCUACUCAAACCUCAGCCCAGAAACACCCCCUCCCCAGCUCUACUCAAACCUCAGCCCAGAAACACCCCCUCCCUAGCUCUACUCAAACCUCAGCCCAGAAACACCCCCUCCCCAGCUCUACUCAAACCUCAGCCCAGAAACACCCCCUCCCCAGCUCUACUCAAACCUCAGCCCAAAAACACCCCCUCCCCAGCUCUACUCAAACCUCAGCCCCCUCAGCAUCAUCCUCAGCCGCAGUCCACGUUUGUCACACCCAUGCAGGCCACGCUCACGAAAUCGCCCCACAGCUCCAACUCGCCCAUCCUCAAGCUCACGCCGCGAGUCACGCCCUCCAGCUCCCCCUUGCCCACUAUCUCCAGGACGCCUACGUUACCCAGCAUGCAUCAGUACUCCCCCAAAGGCCCAGGCUUCCACGCGGGGUUCUCUGGAGUGGCGGCGGGUUACAACGCCUCCGUGGCGCAGCAGAAGAAUUCCUCUCAGGUGAACAACGCCGGUCUCGCAAGCACUUCCACCCCCGUUAGCAAGCACUCGAUGCCCGCCGCAAGCUCGGCCAAUCACGGCCAGCGGCAGAGGCCGGCCGGUGGAGCUAAUCAAGGGGUCAAACCCAUGGUGUCCAUUUCCUCGGUGACCGCUUCUCAGCUAUCACAGGUAUCAUCUAGCAGCCCUCUGCUGGCUUCAGGAGCUGCAAACCUCCCUCUGCUGGCUUCAGGAGCUGCAAACCUCCCUCUGAGCUUUGGGAUGCUGGGAGGUAUCACUCCAGUCUCUCUGCCUUUUCCGUUCCCCAGCCUGAUUAACCUGCCCACUGUAACGGGAACCAACGCUGGAGCUAGCAAUGCUAACCAAAGCGGCUCAGGAUACACCUUACAGCCUAAUGUCAGUCAGAGUCAGAGCGGCGACCUGAAGCGGAAGCUCUAACGCAAACUCCGUUUCCGUUGGACUUUAUUUUUUGUUUUUUUUUGGAGAAAUCAGAUGAAGUGACUUUCUGACGAUGGCUGUCCCACUGGAGAACCCACUCACGCAAGGACUGCUGGCUUAACCAAUACGAACGGCUCUAUUUUUUAAACCUUUUUUUCCUCAAUUGACUCGAUGCAGAAUCUGAUGAUGAUUAAUAAUGUCAGUGGACUGGAUGCUUUUUUUGGUGGAUGUUUACACACACAGACCUUAAUUGCUGUGGACGGGGAGGUUGUGUCCUGAGCGGGUGUAAACGCACCCGUACACACUCUGUGCGACGUAUGAACUCUUGAGUAGCGUGUGAAUGCUGUAGUUCCUCGUGAGUGAGUGAAUGGAUGGAUGGAUGGAUGGAUGAAUAAAUGGAUGCCUCCCUAUCUCAGGUCCAGGUGGAUGUCUCUUUGGUGCUGUCCCAGGUGGAAUUAUGGGGAAAAAAAGCCCCUGCUGAAUAACAGCAGACAUUUUCUACACAGAUGGAAGGUGGGGCUUCAAUUUGUGAUGUACUUGAAUUUUCUGAAGUUUGUCUACUUGAGCUGAACUCCACACUAGCGAAAUAAAAAGCAAUAGUUAGUUUAAGCUCCGGCUUUGCAGGAUA